AUCUCCAUCCGCCAACCUCAUUUCGUCUCCUCCAUUGCAUUCAGCAUAGAAUCCGAUCUUUAUCCUGAGCUGGCCUCGAGGUCUUGACUACCGACGUCCGCACUCUUCCACAAUGGCCGACCCCCGGGUACCGUCGUCAUACAACGUGACGCCCAGAAUCCGCUACAACACCGUUGGUGGUGUCAACGGCCCUCUCGUCAUCCUCGACAAUGUCAAAUUCCCUAGAUACAACGAAAUCGUCACAUUGACCCUCCCCGAUGGAACGCAACGCUCCGGUCAGGUUUUGGAGGCGCGAGGAAACCGCGCCGUCGUCCAGGUCUUCGAGGGUACUUCCGGCAUCGAUGUGAAGAAGACCAAAGUCGAGUUCACCGGCGAAAGCUUGAAGCUUGGUGUAUCAGAGGACAUGUUGGGCCGUAUCUUUGAUGGUUCCGGCAGGGCGAUCGACAAGGGUCCCAAGGUGUUGGCCGAGGAAUAUCUCGACAUCAACGGCAGUCCUAUUAACCCCUACGCCAGAGAAUACCCUCAAGAAAUGAUCUCGACGGGUAUCUCUGCCAUCGACACCAUGAACUCCAUCGCUCGUGGUCAAAAGAUUCCCAUCUUCUCGGCCGCCGGUCUGCCUCACAAUGAAAUUGCUGCCCAGAUUUGCCGACAGGCCGGUCUCGUCCAGCGCCAAGGUAUUACGAAUAAGGGUGUGCACGAUGGUCACGAAGAGAACUUUUCGAUUGUCUUUGGUGCCAUGGGUGUCAACUUGGAAACCGCCCGUUUCUUCACGCGCGAUUUCGAGGAGAACGGUAGUUUGGGCCGCACCACCCUCUUCCUCAACCUUGCCAACGACCCGACCAUCGAGCGUAUCAUCACCCCCCGUCUCGCCCUCACGACGGCCGAGUACUACGCCUACCAGCUCGAGAAGCACGUCCUGGUCAUUCUUACCGAUCUCUCGUCAUACUGCGAUGCUCUUCGUGAGGUCUCGGCUGCUCGCGAAGAAGUACCCGGUCGUCGUGGUUUCCCGGGUUACAUGUACACAGAUUUGUCGACCAUUUACGAGCGUGCCGGUCGUGUGGCUGGCCGCAACGGCUCCAUCACGCAAAUUCCCAUUCUCACAAUGCCUAACGACGAUAUUACCCAUCCCAUUCCCGAUUUGACGGGCUACAUUACCGAGGGUCAGAUUUUCGUCGACCGAGGUCUCCACAACCGUGGUAUCUACCCUCCCAUCAACGUGCUGCCCUCUCUCUCGCGUCUGAUGAAGUCGGCCAUUGGUGAGGGCAUGACCCGCAAGGAUCACGGUGAUGUGUCGAACCAGCUGUACGCCAAGUACGCCAUUGGUCGUGAUGCCGCGGCCAUGAAGGCUGUGGUUGGUGAGGAGGCCCUGUCGAACGAGGACAAGCUUUCUCUCGAGUUCUUGGACAAGUUUGAGCGCUCGUUCAUUGCCCAGGGUCCUUACGAGUCUCGCACCAUCUUCGAGUCUCUGGAUCUUGCGUGGAGCUUGCUCCGGAUCUACCGCAAGGACAUGCUCAACCGUAUCCCCAAGAAGAUCAUCGACGAGUUCUACUCGAGGUCUGCGGCUGACCGCAAGGGCAAGGGCAAGGACAAGCCUACGACCAAGGAUACCAGGGACACGGCGGCGCCCGAGGAGGAGAACCUGAUUGACGCAUAAACAGCAUGUUGGCUAUGAGAAAUGUCGGCGUGGUGCCCGGCGAGGGUUGGUUGGUUGAUGAUGAUGAUUUGUUGAGUUGUGUUUCGUGUGUAUCUCAAAGACAUGGGAGUUGCGCUUUUGCUGCGAUAUUGUAGAUUGGAAUUGAACAGUAUCACGCUUCA